AUGGCUGGUUUGCUGGAGGAAGGACUCAAGUACUGGGCGCUUAUUGCUGCUCGCAAAUAUGGAAAAGUCACCACAGAUCGUGACUAUCUCAUUGUUCCGGUCACUGCUGCUGUGGGUUUCGCAACAGUCGAGAACAUCGCUACCGCAUAUGGAGCCUUUCGAAACAAGGAAACGAAGAGACUCGUUCUUACCAUUGUCGAGCGGACUGUCUUUGGCAUUCCUGGCCAUGCAAUGACAGCAGCCCUCACCGGUGUCAAUGUUCUGGCACGAGAUACCAGACUCGAACCAUUGACAACGUGGCAAGCUCUUCAACAAUCGGUCCUGCUCCACGGACUUUCCGAUUUUACCUUGUUUGCUAUCAGCGCAUAUCGCGGCAAUAUCGGUUGGGUCCCUCCGCAAGGGAAAACUGAAAUAUGCUUUACCCUCAGCUGUGUCGUCGGCAUUCAACUAUGGCUGGUGUUCAUCCUCAGAGGAAAGCUAUCUCAGUGCGGGAUUGUUUUGUGA